AUGAGAAGAGGACGAGACAUAACACGCAAUAGAAGAGACGCUAGACAAGACCAGACAAAAAAGUGUCCGGUUUUCAAUAGAGCGUGUGGAGAGGCUCUUCUAGAUGCGCAGACAGUGACACGGACACUGCUGGCUGUCAAGGAUUACCACUCGCUAUCACAUAACUAUACGAAAAUGGAUCAUCUAGAUUUAGAAGACGAUCAGAGGGAGAAGCUUCGACAGUUUACGGAUAUCACUCAACUGCACGACUAUGACGUCGCGGUCGGGACGCUCGCAUCGUUGAAUUGGAAUCUGGAGCAGGCGAUCGAGGCGCAUCUGAUGCAAGAGGACAUCAACGACGACGAUGAGGAUCCAGAAAUUCUGGAGACGAUACCACCGAGGAUUCCGGCCGCGAGUGCUCCAGCUUUGCAAGAAGAGGUCAUCGAAGUAGAACCUAACAGUAUGCCAGCUGCACGUGGACGUCGCCGCGGACGCCCAGCCAACAACGGGGCUGCUUCAGAUGAGAGGGAAUCGGUCGAUAACCAGAUUGAUGAUCGUGUGGAAACGAGACAGACCAAGAAGGGACAGCCGAUUGCAAGAAGAGGACGUCAGCCCGCUGAAGCAACACCAUCUUCAUCCUCAUCAUCUGCUUCAUCAUCCGCUGGACCAGCAACGCGUCGUUCUACUCGUGCCAACCCGACACCAUCAGAGCCAUCUCAACCGGAACCGGCUCGUCAGAACGGAGUGCUUGCCGCAUCGCGACAGCAACAACCACCAGUGGCGCAGGCGCCAAUGCAGGACUCGGACGACGAUGAUGAUGAUGAGAUGAUUUACGAAGACGAUCAUAAUGAGCCAGUAGCGCGUCAAGCUGCUGUUCAAAAUGGUCGUGUGCCGAUGAUUCCUGAUGGAUACACUUCGGUUCCAGAUGCGCUUCGUAACUUUGUCACAGUGUUCUCUGAUCGUUUCUGUUCACAGUCGCUUCUCAGUGAGCUUCGUCGCCCGCUCGUCUUCUACAUUAAUCACGAUCGUUCCAUCGCUGCCAACAUCUUUGCGUCGCAAGUGCUGUGCUCAGAAGCCGUGUCGUCGCUGAUCCGCCAUCAAUACGUGCUCUUCCCAUGGGAUAUUUCAAGUGACUCGAAUCUAAUGCAUUUUAUGGAGUUCCUCCAAGCCUCCAACAUGGCUGACGUCCGAAACAUGGUCCAACGUCUCGCCAUGCACAAGGUUGAGAAUUUCCCAAUGAUGAUGGUCGUGACACUUGCUGAUCAGGUGUUGGAGAAGCUUUUGGCUGGCGUGGAACAGUACUCGAGCAUCCGUAUGAAUGAGGCAGCCGAGAGACGUGAACGCGAAGAACGCGAGGCUAUCAGAAAUCAACAAGAAGCCGAAUAUAAGGCAUCUCUGGCUGCUGACAAGGCUCGUAUGGAAGCUAAGCAGAAGGAAAUCGAGGAGCAACGUCUUGAGGAGGAGCGAAAGUUGAAAGAAGAAGAGGAUGAGGCGCUUCGUCGUCAACUCGUAGCAUCACAGCUUCCCGAUGAGCCACCAGCCAGUGCCCCAGUCGCAGAGAUCAUCAAUGUCAAAUUCAGACUACCAGAAGGUGGACAGGACAUGCGCCGCUUCCGCCGUGUCGAAAGCAUCCAGACUCUGAUCGAUUAUUUGUCGUCGAAAGGGUUCUCGCCGGACAAGUAUAAAUACUUCAACUCGGACUUCCCGAAAAAGGAGAUCACUCGUCACUUUGAUCUUUCGACAAACUUCACCGACUCAAAAUGGCCAGCUAGGGAGCAAAUUUUCGUCGAGGAAAUUUGA